ACAAGUAUGCUAGUAACCCCAAAUAGUAGCCACAUAGAGGAACUGAAUAGGCCACAAAAGCUGAAGGGUAUACGAUUCCAAAGAAACUUCUAACAAUUGAUGGUAAGAGCUGUCUUUUAAAGUGCACAACAAAAUCUAUUUUUUCUUUUAUAGUAGAAAAAAUUAUUACUCCACUUGUAUGUGGCUCAUCAGCAUGUAUCUAGUAAAUAUUUUAUUUGUGAGUGAAAUACUGACAAACUGUCCAAGCCUGUGGUCAUCCAUUAAUAAAACACUUAGCAAUAUAAUCAUACAAGAAAAAAACCUCAGGAUACCAACCUUGCACGAAAGAUUCGACACGAUGCCAAAGCGUUAAGUCCUUGAUGUAUGAUUUCAUGGAAUUUUAGAGUUGAAUUAAUGAAGAGAAACAUCAAUACUCCUAAGGAAGGCAGGCGAAACAAUUUUGCAGGGUUCAGUGUUUUAAAACCCAAAACAGUGGUGGAACCAGUCACCAGCUGAAUCAAGCCGGCUCAGCCAGUUUCGGUCUGGCUCUCCAGUUCUCUAGGAAAAUUUUCUACACAAAACAAAAGUAAUAAAAAAAUUUGGUGGGAACCGAGCAAGUCCGUGAUGCCUUUAGACCUAGACAAGUACCCCACCAUACUGGCCCAGGCAGUUUCAAGCCCCCUCACCUAUUUUUAAAACCAUGAGUGGCGCUUUUUAUGAGGGUUCUUUUUCCUUUGGAUCUUCACUUCUUUUAAAAUCCGAAAAUCCAUUGCCACAUGACUGUUGUCUUGCUGUAAACUUUGCAACCCAGCAUGGCUUCGUCAAAAGAGAUCUGAGACAUCAAAUUCAGGGCAAAAUGGGUCAUGGUAACUUAGGUUUUCUCACUUUUAUUGAAGGUUGAUUCAAAAAGCUUGUAAUGCACAAUAGUUCGCCAUUGCCACCUGUAUAGGCUUAUUCUUAUUUUGUUGUCGGAACUCUCAAGUCAUUUCUAGAUUCAAACAGGGCCUCUGCCAUAUUGAUUAGAUUGACCUACCCUGGUCAAUCACCCAAAGAAGCUGUAAAUCUAAACAAAUGCUUCGUCUCUAUUUCCUCCCAAGAUUGUAUUGGCAUUUUCCUAUAUAUUGUGCUCAAGUCAGCUACUUGACCUCUCUAAAAUUCUCACAAGUAGAUGGCUUAAAAUCAUUUAUCAUGAGAAACAUAAGCCUCAACUAUUAUGGUCUAUACUCACUCCAAGGGAAAUAUUACAUAGGGGUAGGGGCCCAAAUCCCCACUGACCCACUUUUAAUUACCCAACAAAAAAUUAGGGGCAACAAUGACCAAAAAUUUAAAUGUAUACAUCUUGCAAUUGAGAAACAUGUGCCUAAUUACUGAAGAAAAACCUCGCCUAAUUAUUGAAGAAAAACCUCUAUAGGCCACAAGAAUGAGAAAGCCCCCAACUAGAAAGACCUUCAACAGAAUACAAAUGGCAAGGACACCAGGUGAAAGAGGCCUUUUAAUGUUAGAUACUUGGAUGAACGAUGACCCAAGUGAUAAAUUAAGGGAAAAUAUCUCCUUACCCCCUAAUUUUAACUUCUCUAUCUCUUUAGACCCAAGGAUGAAAAAUAUUACUUGGAAGCAAAGGACCUCCAUUUUUCUAUCUUGCAACCCCCUGAAACCUUUUUUUGAUGAAUUUUUUACCCCAAUAAAAAUCAAAAUGACAUCCUGUCUUGCAAAAGCUUCAUUUGUGGGUUUUUUUAGAGAGAGAGGGAAUGAUCUCUCAUCCUUGGGUCGCUCUCUCUCUACCCACCUCUCACCCCCCCAACCCAUCUCGAAUUCAAGCCAAGACACCUUAGAGUCUCACAUUUUUGGGGUUGGCAAACCUUCCUCUCUCAUCAAGGAGAGAGAUCCACCACCCAUCUGACCAGACUCCAUAGAAGUGCUCAAGAGAAUCAUUUCUCUCUCUUCUUGUUCUUCUCUCUAACAUCUUGAGGAGAGAGAAGCACCCACAACCCACUCGUGAAAGAAGUUCUUCCUCUUCUCUCUCACCACAUUGAGAGAGAAGAAUUACCCACAAUCCCAACAUGUAAGAAGCACCUCUCUUAUGAGGAGAGAAAGGAGAGAGAGGAGAGAGAGAGACUGAAUCAGGUAAAAUAUGGGUGGGUGGGCAAUUGCGAUUCAUGGUGGCGUAGGGAUCGACCCGAGCUUGCCGCUGCAGUGCCAAGAAGAGGCCUGCCAAGCCCUUCUCUCCGCUCUCCAUCUCGGCAUCUCUGCCCUCCGCUCUGCCUCCUCCGCCGUCGAUGUCGUAGAAUUAGUGGUCAGGGAACUCGAAUUAAACCCCCUGUUCAAUUCAGGUCGUGGAUCGGCUCUGACAGCGCAAGGAACGGUGGAGAUGGAUGCUAGCAUUAUGGAUGGCUCUACGAGGAAGUGUGGCGUUGUAUCGGGGAUCUCCACUGUUAAAAAUCCGAUCUCUCUUGCCCGCCUGGUCAUGGACAAAUCACCCCAUGCCUAUCUUGCUUUUGAUGGAGCUGAAGCCUUUGCAAGACAGCAUGGUACAGAGAUUGUGGACACAAUUUUUUUCAUUACAGAGGAGAAUGUUAUCAGAUUAAAGAAAGAAGCACCUCUCUCUCACCCAAGUUGAUGAGAGAGAAGAAAUAUCUGCAACCCCACCAUGAGAGAAAAUCUUCUCUCUCUACCAUGUUGGUGAGAGAGAAGAAAAACCCACCACCCAAUAAUGACAGAAAAGCUUUUCUCGUGAAGAUAAA